AUGAACGCAACCGUGGCGUGGAACGAGACUGGCCCGUGGACAGAGGGGGACAUUCUGACGUGGCGCAUCACGGAGGUGUUGUUGCUCCCCGUCUUCUUCCUGGUCGGCGUUGUGGGCAACGGGCUGGUGUUUUACGUCAACCACUUUAGGUUGCCUAGCAACACGGACACGCUGUUUAAAAGGAUACUGGCCGCUAUUGACCUCAUUGACCUUUCUUUGUCGCUACCGAUGCUACUGUUCACAGUGGUAGCACCAGAGAGUCCAGCCUUCGUCCCUUGCUGUCGUUGCCUGUCCUUCGUGGCAUUGUGGUCAGCCCUGCUGGCCGGCGAAGUCCUGGCCGUUAUUUCUGUUGACAGGUUCUUAAAACUGUGCUUGUUACGCAAGUCAGGGCUGGAACCACCACAGAUCAAAAAGAUUCUGCUUGGGCUAAUAGUCUUUACCUCAGCCGCCAUACUGCCUACUAUUUGGCUGUACACCAAGAACACCAUCUACUACAUCUACUACGACAUCGCGGUCAGUUUCUGUUUCAUGGACUUUGAGACCAAGCUCUGGUAUCUCCUCAUCGCCUUCUCGGUCAACCUUUCCGUCUGUUUCGUCGCCAUCCUCGCCGUGCUCGUGGUCAUGUACAUACGAAUCAUUCUCAAGCUCCGAGAACUCUCCGCCAAGCACAGCCAGCUCAAAGGCCCCACCAGCGGCGACCACCCCUCCUCGGCGGAGGCUGGGAAAGCCAACAGGCAGAGCGACGCCAUGAGAAAGUCUUCGCUGGUGUUCAUCGCGGUGACGGCGGCGUUCUUCGGGUGCUACACGCCCUACUUCGUCAGCGUUCUGCUGCAAGCCACGAGCAUCGUGGUCGAGAGCAACCUGGCCCCAGCGACUAAAGCUGUCCUUGACCUGGCCAAGUUGAGCCCCCUGGUCAGCCACAUGAUCAACCCGUUAAUCUAUCUCAUUUCGUCCGAUCAGCUGGGCAAGGAGGUGAAGGAUAUUAUCCUGUGCAAGAACAGUUUCCGGGGUUGCCUCAAGCGUCGAGCUGCACUUCCGUCCGGAAAUCAAAGAUUAUAG